AUGAAUGUGAGACUGAAUGGCGGAUUUAGAAGGAAAUACAAUACUGUGUAUGCAGCUGCUCGGAAGAAUGAUAUUGAUGGUGUGAAACGUUUACUUGCUGCAGGACGACCAGUAGAUGAACCGGAUGCAAAUUAUUAUAACCAAACUGCUUUACAUUAUGCCGCACGUCAUGGGUAUACAGCUAUAGCAGAAGUGUUGAUUAAUGCAAAAGCCAAUGUGAAUGCUGCAGACAGCUUAUGGAAGCUGACUCCAUUACAUUUGGUUGGAGCGAAUGCAUCAGUUGCAGAAUUAUUAUUGAAUAAUGGUGCUGAUAUUAGUGCUGUCGAUGACAGAAAGGAUACUCCAUUACAUAGUGCUGCACGAAAUGGACAUACACUUACAGUGAAGACACUAUUAGAUAAAGGUGCCAAUGUAAAUGCUGUCAAUACAAACGGAAACACUCCAUUACAUAGUGCUUCACGGAAUGGACAUAUACUUACAGUGGAGACAUUAAUAAAUAAACGUGCCAAUGUGAAUGCUGUCAAUGCAGCUCAGCGUGCUCCAUUGCAUUGUGCUGCAUGGUAUGGAAAAAUACCCAUAGUUGACUUAUUAUUAAACAAUGGUGCCAAUCCCAAUAUUGUCGAAGAUAUUGGCAACACACCACUGAUGAGAGCAUGCUAUGGAAAUUCAUUGGACGUUGUUAAACUCUUAUUAUCUAAAUCAGCAGAUGUUAGUCACCGUAAUAAGAAACAAGAGAAUGCACUGUUUGCAAUAAUAGAUGUGUACAGCCCAUUUCUCACAACAUCACAAGAUAAAUGUAAUGCAUUGAAUAUCAUGACGAUUUUACUGGACAAUAAUAUUGAUAUGAUAACACCAAAUAAGGACGGCAAGACCCCAAUUGAGUAUGUGAGGUCUAAAAUUGGUACAGAAAGUGAUCUCAUGGAUGAAUAUUUCAAGGGAGCUGAGAUAUUGUUGAUGAAAGUGAAAGCGGCACGAGUCUAUAAAGAACUAAAAACUGAACCAGGAAUCCCCAUUGACACAUCAAAACUACUGUUGUGUGGAGAUGGAGGUGCAGGUAAAACUACUCUAAAGAACUCCCUACUCAAAACAUCCGAAUCAAAAGCUGGUCCUGCACCAGGGGAAGAUAAGUAUGUGCUGACCCCAGGCAUUGACAUAUCCAAAGAAGAAUUGCCAGGUGUUGGUAAAAUGGUUAUAUUAGAUAUGGCAGGACAAGAGAGUUAUUUCUGCAGUCACGCUAUGUUUUUACAUGCAAAUAAAGCUACUAUAAUUGCAAUGUACCAGGUUUGUGACUUUGUAAGUGGGAAGGUGACCAGACCUCUGGAUAUUUUGGAGAGAGAAAUGAACCGGAUUAUUAACUGGUUUCAAAUGCUGAAAGUUAGAAACCCAUCAUGCUUGUCUGGAGUUAAACUGACUGUAAUCUUAGUAGCAAGCAGAGGUGAUUGGGCGGAACAGUUUAAUUAUCAGUCUGAAGCUAUCAAAAUGGCUCAAACAAUAAAAGAGGAGGUAAUAAAGAUAUUUGGUCAUUAUAUAAAUGUCAUAGAUAAAGUAUUGGUUCUCAAUGCACAUGAUUAUGAUAGUUCUAGUAUGGAUGCUUUGCGACUACUUCUGAAAAAUAGGAAAGAACAAGUGAUUGAGAUAUCAGAACCAAUGCCAGCAAUAUGUGCAAAAAUACUUCAUAUGAAGGAAAAGUGGAUUGAGGAACGUAAAUUAUUUCCUGUUAUGUAUUGGACAGAUUUUGUCAUCAAUGUUAAACAAGACAUCAAUUCAUCAAUAGAAGAAGAUUUCCUGAGGAAAGCAACUGAGUAUCUUUAUGAUUAUGGAGAGAUCCUGUUUAUCAGAAGUACCAAGUCAAAUAUGGAAGAUGUAAUAAUACUUGAUUCACAGUGGUUUUGUCAUAGGAUAAUCGGACCACUCAUGGCAACUGACUUGUUUGUACAGUACACAAAGAAGUUAAAAAAGCAGACUGUAUAUACUUUUGAUGACAUCAAAGAUGUACUUGUUAAAGAAGCAAACAUGGACUUGUUGAUAAACUUGCUGUCACAAUUUGAAAUAAUUGUCCCAUUAGGGGAAGAUGAUUAUGGUGGUGGUCAUGAAGGCAAAUACAUUAUACCGAAUUUACUAUCAGUAGACAUGCCUCAAGAUCAGUGGAAGAAGGAACACGAAACAAACUUUUACUUUGGUAGAAGGUUUCAAUGCAAAUCUUUUGCUGAUAUGUUUUCUCCAAAUUUUUUCCCACAACUGCAAGCUCGUCUCCAUGAUCUUUAUACAAAAUUAAAACGGCCACCAAGCGGUAUAUGGAAAAAUGGUAUCAAAGUGAGUGAUAUCGUUGAAGCGCUGGUAUUUCUUUCUGCUGAUAAGCGUGCUGUUAAUAUUGCAGUUAGGUGUGAGCGUAGAAAUCAGCAUGGAGAGUGUUACUCAUUAAUGAAAAAGGUGACGAUUACUAUUCGCCAGGUUCUACAUGCCACAAGCCCUGGCGCGGACGUGGAAUUUCACAUCCUUAGUGCUUACUCUUUGCGAAACCACCAUGACCUCAAUAAAGUUGUAUCCUAUCCCAUCGAACAAAUACUUCAGGCAGAAGAUAUGAAAACUACGAUGUAUAAUGAAAAUAUUGGUAUAGAAGAAGAGGUAAGUGAUUUACUGGUUCCAGGAUUUGACCUGACAAUUCUGAAAGAAUAUGGUAUCCAGUGUGAUGUGAAAUGGAUGAAGCACCAAGCAAGGAGAAAAUUGGUAAAUCAACUUGAACUCGAAAUUCCAAAUGGUCGUGACCACAGACUCCUGGCAGAGUACAUGGGAAUAGAUGAUUCUGGACGACGUACUAUGGCUGCACGUGCAUACAGGCUAGAUAGAGAUGUUACUGAUCAACUACUGGACAAGUGGUCUGAAAACUGGACAGCAAGAAAGAGAAAUAAUCCUACUACAAGGAGCACACAUGGCAAGGUGUAUUAUGAGAGCAGCAUUAAGAAUCUUCUGGAAAUCAACAACAUGUACCUAGAAAAUGAUAUCGUAAAAAGUACCAUUGAAGAUAUGAUUGAGUAUCCGGAAGGAAAACCUUUAUAA